AUGAUUCGCUUGCUUGCCCUGCACGGCUAUACCCAGAAUGCCUACAUGUUUUCCAAAAAGCUUGGUGCUAUUAGGAAGGCAUGUGCGAAAGACAUCGAGUUCGUAUUUGUCGAUGGACCAAUAGUGCUGCAGCCUGCCGACCUACCGGGGGCGAACCUAUCAGAGUUCGACUCUGAGGGGGGUGCCGCUCAAUGGGUGGACGAUCCGAAGCUCACUGCUCGGGCAUGGUGGAGGGCCAACGAUGAGAAGACUGAAUACUAUGGUCUGGAGGAUAGCUUGAGGUACUUGAGAGAUAUACUAGAGAAAGAGCGCUUCCAUGGUAUUCUCGGUUUCAGCCAGGGAGCGUGCAUGGCUGCAUAUCUCGCUGCAUAUCUUGAGGAGCCAUCCGCCCAACCUAUGUUCAACCCACCCCCACAUCCUGCAUUUGACUUCGCCAUUUUCAUCUCCGGAUUUGCGCCCAUGUGUCCCCCAAUAGAGCACCACAUUCGCACGAAAAACGUACACAUCCUUGGCAGGACCGACACGCUCGUGUCUCCGAAGCGUUCUGAGACGCUCGUCGAUAUCUGCAUUGCGCCGCGCGUUGAGUAUCAUGAAGGCAGUCAUUAUGUUCCAUCAAAAGCGUCAUGGCGACAUUUCUUCCAUCAAUGGAUGGCCGCCUUUUCCGCCGAAUCCAUCAGGAAGCCAGAUGAUAUUCCGUCCCCAGUGCCGUCCGCAGGGGACGAUACCCCAAGUGGGGCGCAAACGCCAGCAAGUGGAACGAUGACACCAAGAGGGGUACUGUGA